CCCGGGCAGAGCCUGGCCCAGCUGGAGAACCUGUGCAAGCAGCUCUAUGAGACCACGGACACGGGCACGCGCCUGCAGGCCGAGAAGGCCCUGGUGGAGUUCACCAACAGCCCCGACUGCCUGAGCAAGUGCCAGCUGCUCCUGGAGAGAGGCAGCUCCUCCUACUCGCAGCUGCUGGCGGCCACCUGCCUUACCAAACUGGUGUCACGCACAAACAACCCCCUGCCGCUGGAGCAGCGCAUCGACAUCCGGAAUUAUGUGCUGAACUACCUGGCCACGAGGCCGAAGCUGGCGACGUUCGUGACGCAGGCGCUGAUCCAGCUCUACGCCAGGAUCACCAAGCUGGGCUGGUUCGACUGCCAGAAGGACGAGUACGUCUUCAGGAACGUCAUCAACGACGUCACCCGCUUCCUGCAGGACAGUGUAGAGCACUGCAUCAUAGGAGUGACAAUCCUGUCCCAACUAACGAAUGAAAUUAAUCAAGCAGACACCACCCACCCCCUGACCAAGCACAGGAAAAUCGCCUCUUCCUUCCGGGAUUCCUCGUUAUUUGAUAUUUUCACCCUGUCCUGCAGUUUACUGAAACAGGCUUCUGGGAAGAACCUGAACCUGAACGAUGAGAGCCAGCACGGGCUGCUGAUGCAGCUCCUCAAGCUCACCCACAACUGCCUGAACUUCGAUUUCAUCGGCACCUCCACGGACGAGUCCUCGGAUGAUCUUUGCACUGUGCAGAUCCCAACCAGUUGGAGAUCAGCAUUCUUGGAUUCUUCGACCCUUCAGUUGUUUUUUGAUCUUUAUCAUUCCAUCCCUCCUUCAUUUUCUCCUCUGGUUUUAUCCUGCUUGGUGCAGAUUGCCUCUGUGCGCCGCUCCCUCUUCAACAAUGCCGAGAGGGCAAAGUUCUUAUCUCACCUGGUGGAUGGAGUGAAACGGAUACUGGAAAACCCCCAGAGUUUGUCAGACCCCAACAAUUACCACGAGUUCUGCCGGCUGCUGGCCCGGUUGAAAAGCAAUUACCAACUGGGAGAGCUGGUGAAGGUGGAGAACUACCCCGAGGUGAUCCGGCUCAUCGCCAACUUCACCGUCACCAGCCUGCAGCACUGGGAAUUUACUCCCAACAGUGUGCUCUGAAAUUCCUGGUUAAUUUCUCAAAUUCUGUGGGAAAAAAUCAAGUCAAACAGCACAAAUCAUAACUCCCUGCCUUCUUUUCCAUUGCUGGAGACCUACACGCCCGAGGUGACCAAAGCCUACAUCACCUCCCGCCUGGAAUCCGUGCACAUCAUCCUCAGGGAUGGCCUGGAGGACCCUCUGGAGGACACGGGGCUGGUGCAGCAGCAGCUGGACCAGCUGUCCACCAUCGGGCGCUGCGAGUACGAGAAGACGUGCGCGCUGCUGGUGCAGCUCUUCGACCAGGCCGCCCAGUCCUACCAGGAGCUGCUGCAGAGCGCCAGCGCCAGCCCCAUGGACCUGGCCGUGCAGGAAGGGCGGCUGACGUGGCUGGUGUACAUCAUCGGCGCCGUCAUCGGCGGCCGCGUGUCCUUCGCCAGCACCGACGAGCAGGACGCCAUGGACGGCGAGCUGGUCUGCAGGGUGCUGCAGCUGAUGAACCUGACGGACUCGCGCCUGGCGCAGGCGGGCAAUGAGAAGCUGGAGCUGGCCAUGCUCAGCUUCUUCGAGCAGUUCCGCAAGAUCUACAUCGGGGACCAGGUGCAGAAGUCUUCCAAGCUGUACCGGAGGCUCUCGGAGGUGCUGGGGCUGAACGACGAGACCAUGGUGCUGAGCGUGUUCAUCGGGAAGAUCAUCACCAACCUGAAGUACUGGGGCCGCUGCGAGCCGAUCACCUCCAAGACCCUGCAGCUGCUCAACGACCUCUCCAUCGGGUACAGCAGCGUGCGGAAGCUGGUGAAGCUCAGCGCCGUGCAGUUCAUGCUCAACAAUCACACGAGCGAGCACUUUUCCUUCCUGGGAAUCAACAACCAGUCCAACCUGACGGACAUGCGCUGCCGCACCACCUUCUACACGGCCCUGGGCCGGCUGCUCAUGGUGGAUUUAGGGGAGGACGAGGACCAGUACGAGCAGUUCAUGCUGCCCCUCACGGCCGCCUUCGAGGCCGUGGCUCAGAUGUUCAGCACCAACUCCUUCAACGAGCAGGAGGCCAAGCGCACGCUGGUGGGGCUGGUGCGGGACCUGCGCGGCAUCGCCUUCGCCUUCAACGCCAAGACCAGCUUCAUGAUGCUCUUCGAGUGGAUUUACCCCUCCUACAUGCCCAUCCUGCAGCGAGCCAUCGAGCUCUGGUACCACGACCCCGCCUGCACCACGCCCGUCCUCAAACUCAUGGCUGAGCUGGUCCACAACAGAUCCCAGCGGCUGCAGUUUGAUGUCUCCUCUCCCAACGGGAUCCUGCUCUUCCGGGAGACCAGCAAGAUGAUCACGACCUACGGGAAUCGCAUCCUGACGCUGGGCGAGGUGCCCAAGGACCAGGUGUACGCGCUGAAGCUGAAGGGAAUCUCCAUCUGCUUCUCCAUGCUGAAGGCGGCGCUCAGCGGCAGCUACGUCAACUUCGGCGUCUUCCGGCUCUACGGGGACGACGCGCUGGACAACGCCCUGCAGACCUUCAUCAAGCUGCUGCUCUCCAUCCCCCACAGCGACCUGCUGGAUUAUCCCAAACUCAGCCAAUCCUACUAUUCCCUGCUGGAAGUGCUCACGCAGGACCACAUGAACUUCAUCGCCAGCCUGGAGCCGCACGUCAUCAUGUACAUCCUGUCGUCCAUCUCCGAGGGGCUGACGGCGCUGGACACCAUGGUGUGCACGGGCUGCUGCUCCUGCCUGGACCACAUCGUCACCUACCUGUUCAAGCAGCUCUCGCGCAGCACCAAGAAGAGAUCGACGCCGCUGGCGCAGGAGAGCGAUCGCUUCCUGCACAUCAUGCAGCAGCACCCCGAGAUGGUGCAGCAGAUGCUCUCCACGGUGCUGAACAUCAUCAUCUUCGAGGACUGCCGGAACCAGUGGUCCAUGUCCCGGCCUCUGCUCGGCCUCAUCCUGCUCAACGAGAAGUACUUCUCGGACCUGAGGAACAGCAUCGUGAACAGCCAGCCCCCGGAGAAGCAGCAGGCCAUGCACCUGUGCUUCGAGAACCUCAUGGAGGGCAUCGAGCGCAACCUGCUCACCAAGAACCGCGACAGGUUCACCCAGAACCUGUCGGCGUUCCGGAGGGAGGUCAACGACUCCAUGAAGAACUCGAGCUACGGCGUCAACAGCAACGACAUGAUGAGCUGACACCUCGCGAGCCUCCGGCCCCAGCGGCCCCAGGGCCUUCCCACCCCGGCAGGAGAGAGCAGCUGGAGCUGCCGUGGGAAGGGCACGAUCCAGGAGCAGGAAUUCCAAGGUGUCUGUGUCUCUCUUUGUCCUUCCCUGGCCGGAAUGUGGAACCGGCGGCGCUCCGCUGCGAAAAGCCUGCCUUGUAUAAAACAAAAAAACAAACAAAAAACAAAAAAAAACAUGUACAUUUUUUCAUAACAUUUUGGAGCAAGGUUUAUAUUGAGUUUCAGAAAAACGAGACAAAAAAAGAAAAAAAAAGGCAAAAAAACUGCAAAAAAAAAUCACAAAAAAAGAAAAAAAAACACACACAAAAAAAAACCAAAACGAUGAUAAAAAAAAAAGACAAAAUGAUAAAAAAAAAACAAAAAACAAAGUGUGAUUGAAAUUUUUACAGAGUCCUGGUGCAGCCAGUGCUGGUGUGAGGGUUGUGAAUGCGAGUGAGGAAAGCGUGGCCUGAAGCUUUACUGGGCGAGGGGGUGGCUGUGUGAAAGUGCAGAGAUCUAUUUAGUGAGACGAGCUGUAGAGAGAAGCAAAAACUCAAACAACACAAAAAAAAUUAAAAAAAAAAAUUAAAAAUAAUAAUAAUAAUAAUAAUAAAAAAACACCACA